AUGACCUACGACUUCACCACCGCUGGGGGAGAAGCCGCACUGUUGGAGCAGCUUGUGUUUGACCACCGCGACCGCUACUCUUAUCCCGCUGUUUCCUCGGCCGCCCCGUCUCAGGAUCUCUCCUCGACCGCCCUGACCACCAUGCCGCAGACGAGCCGUCAAAGCUUGAGCCCGGUCACGAACUGGUUGCCCCUCGAUCUGACCGGCACCGUGAGCGCGCCCAUGUCGAUCCAUUCGCCUAACUCGGCCAGCGGCUCGCCCUCAUCCCCAGAUGACCAGAGCGCCCGUUCGCCAGGGCAUCAGAGCAGCACGAUGUCGAGCCCGCUCCAACAACAGCCGUCCCCGUACCAGACAGCCGCUCACACACAUCCCACGGGCCUCAUUCCGGACUGGUCUCUUCCGCUGCAGGCCCAGCAGCAACGGGCUGCUGAACUCUCGCAGUUCAUCCAGGACCCUGCCUUGAUGAACUUCAAUCCCUAUGCGUCCAACUUCCAGCCCGCUCAGAUGGAAUAUCUUCCCGCGACCACACAGGCCUCGCUCGACGCCAGCCUCGGGCUAGAACCGGCAUUCAUGCCACCGAUGGAUCCCGCUUCGCGGGUAAUGCAAUGGGGGCCAAACUGGCAGGAUUUCGAUCAGUCACUCAACUUUCAGCAGCAUGACGGCCUCCCCCGUGUGGGGAGGAGUCUGGGGAGCCAUUCCCCAACAGGCACAUUCCUCGAGGUCCUGUCAUUGGGCUCGAGCAGCGACAAUGGUUGGACAUCGGUGGAAAUGUAUCCCAACUGCGAUACCUUUACCCAGCCCCAGCAUUCCCAAAACCAGGCAAUUUUCAACCCGAGCCAAACGCUGCAUUUGAGGACGAACUCGGAUUCCUCGACGUCUGACGCCAACUCGCUCGAGUACGGCUACGAAGAGGUUGCCUUCCCUUACUCUCCCUUCUCGCCGGGCUCCGACGGCUUCGUGGACCCCACGAACAGCCACCGCAACUGCUUACACGGAGAGCAUCACCACCACGCAUCGACAUCUCCGGAACUAAUCAGCCCCACCACGGCCGUGGCGCCCUUGCCCAUCAAGACUGUGACGCCCACUCGGCCCGUGGUCGCUAACGGGUCUAGCGGCUCCGGGUCUACGUCCCCCCCGUCGCGGCGGAAUUCGGGGACUAGGAAGAGCCCUAUCGCCAAGGCCACAAAACCCGUCAUCCGGAGGACAUCGACAGGGAAGAAGGAUGGCACUGGCGAGAAGAAGGUGGGCAGGCGGCGCGGCCCCUUGCUCCCGGAGCAACGCAAGCAGGCUAGCGAGAUUCGGAAACUCAGGGCGUGUCUUCGGUGCAAAUUCCUCAAGAAGACGUGCGACAAGGGCGAGCCUUGUGCGGGCUGCCAGCCUUCUCACGCUCGCCUGUGGCAGGUUCCUUGCACGCGGAUUGAUAUCAAGGACAUUGGCUAUUUCAUGAAGGACUGGAAGGCCGAUUACGAGCGCCAUCUCGGCCGCGGCAUGUCGGUGUUCAACGUGAAGGGUUUCGCGCAGAAGGAGACGCUGAUGUGGAUUACGCACGGUUACGGCUUCUGCCUCCCGGUCCUGGUCCGUGAGGUGUACGUGGCGGAUGAGAGCUGCUUCCAGCUUGACUGGGUUGAGUCGACCCUCCAAGAUCAAGAUCCCAUUGAUUUCGAGAUCCGCACCGAGCGCCUUGAUGUUGGCCAGGAAGGCAUCUCGAUGGAAGCCCUGCACGAGUACCUCGACAAGCACAUCGACGAGGGCUUUGAGCAGUUCAUCGACGACCAUUUCGAGGGCACUCCUUUCAUCACCGACAUUUUCAAGACCGCAUACCGGUUCUACACCAAGGAGAGACUCCCCGUUAUCCGCAAGGCCCUCAAGCUUGUUGUGGCCUACAACCUCACCCUGCACAUCACCAUGGUCGAGCAACCGCAAACAGAAGAGCCGAUGGAGGGUCAGAUCGAUGACGAGGACUCCAAGUACUACGGCAAGGUCGUUGCUCCCGUCAUGAUCAACUUCCAGAUCAAGUGCGCCAUGGCCGACAUGUGGCGUGAGUUGCAGAAGGAUAUUCUCGAGGAGCUUUCGGCUCUCUACUCGAGCGUUUACAGCGGAGAGCGGUUGAAGAACUGGCCCACCAUCUUCAUGCUCGCUUCCAUCCUGCUGGCUGUCUGGGAAGAGAUUCAGUUCGAUUGCCACUACCGGGUCCCCGACCCGGUCGCCGUCGACAAGUUCUGCAGCGACAUGGAGACCGUGCCUGUCGGCGUUAUCGUCGGCCUGUUCCACGCCAUCUCCCAGAAGCUCCCGGCCUUCACCGAGUGGGACACCCGGAGGCACGGCCAGCUGCUCAACAACAACCCCGCUGUCUGCGACGCCAUGACCGAAGUACGGCAGCAUGUCAUUAAGCAUGAGGCAUAUCUGAGGACGCGCUCCGAAUCCAAGUUUGACCGCUACGACUUCGACUCGUUAUCAAACAAGCUGCUUUCGAAGCUGGUCAUCCGGUCCAACUAG